UCCAACAUAGAUUACCAAUAACUGCGCAUCAUACAACAGCAACAAUGGGCCUACCAGUUCGCCAACAGCAAGACAAUGAUCGUGUUUCGUCUCUGGUCAAAGAAGCUCAGGCACUUGUAGCUAAAAAGGACGAAAUCGAAGCUCAGUUACGUGAACUUGAAGAAGGUUUACGAAUUCAAGGCGUCGGCAUGGACCAACCCCUCAUUGACCGAUCUGGUUUCCCGCGAUCGGACGUUGACGUGGCAGCAGCACGCACAUCGCGCAAUUUGGUUCAUCGAUUGCGUAACGACCAUAAGGAUGCUAUGAAAGAAAUUGAGCAAGUGCUGCAUGCUGUCCAUGAGGCUUCACGCAAAGUGGAUCAAGAACGAAAGACAACGCCACCAACACAACAACAGGAACAGCAAGGUUCCUCUUCUUCUCAUGUAUCAGCACAGCCCACAACGCCGUUCGCACGUGUGAAUGCAGUUGCGCCAGACUCGCCAGCAGAUGCUAGUGGCUUACAAAGAAACGAUAAAGUUGUCAAGUUUGGUCACGUUCAUGCAGAAAACCACGACCGAUUACAGGCCCUAAAUCGACUCGUCGGCCAGAGUGAAAACAAGGCAAUCAGUGUCCUAGUAUUACGAGACAGUCAGUCCAUUGACCUUACACUCACACCAAAGAAAUGGUCUGGACGAGGGACCCUUGGCUGUCAUAUUGUUCCCCUGUAAAGUAAAGCAUAAUCCAAGCAUAAUGUAUUGUGUACGUGUAUAUAUUGUAUCUCUGUCUUUUUCCCUCUCAAAUAAACGCAAGUGUUGCACGCCAAGCUAUAAUCAACCAAUGAAACCCAGCAAACGCAGCGAGAGAGAGAGAGAGCGCG